GAGAGGUUAAGUUAUUUACUCUGGGUCACACAGCUUGUAAGUGUCCGAACCAAAGGCUUCCUGACUCCAAGUAUAGCACUCAGUGGGCUAACAUUUUCCCUUCACAUUGACAUUAAAGAAGAGUCAUUUCAUUGCUUGUCUUUUCCUUGUAAAGGGGAAGUUCUGUUCAUAAAGCCCUGCCGUUCUUGCUGUGUGUCCCUGUGGUUUUGCAUGUGGAAAUGUCACUUAUGGCCCUCUGUCUGUAAACACUGUAGAUAUUUGCAAUGAUGUGGUCAAUAAACUCCUUUUCACUUUUCCAGGCCGUGCUUUGUUUGCUCUGUGUAUUUAGGAUCAGAAUUAUUCAUGAAAGAGUUGGGGGCUAGUGGUUUUCAAAGUGAAGGUCUUCUGUUAAUUAUACCCCAGCAAGGACUUAAUGCCUGGAGUUUGAGAAGGGCAAAGGUUUCAUCUGCAGCAUGCCUUACAUCAAGAGAGUUUGCAAAAAGGCCAGUCUAAACUUGCCUGGCAGAGGUAGAUGAAGCAGACUAUCUUACUUUGAGUUGAUGCAUCACUUUGAGGAAAAAAGAGGUUGGGCUCAUGACUUUUUCCACUAGCAUUAAUUUUUACUUACCCAGGAUGUUCAUUUAAGGUAUAUAAUGAUGGAGCUCUUUUGGGAUCUGUAGUCUAUAAAUGAUGAUCUUACAUUGCCUGGGCAAGUUACUUAACCCUGUUUGCCUCAGUUUCUUCAUCUGUAAAAUGAGCUGGAGAAGGAAAUGGCAAACUACGCUGGUAUCUUUGCCUUGAAAACCCCAAAUUUCGACUCGUGGAGAGUCAAAAUGACUUAAGAAUGACUGAACAACAACACACCACAUUCCCAUAGAAACUUCGUCGUGAAAGCCUGCAGGUCUGGGCAGUAAGCCUUGGGAGGUGCCUCUUUCUUAGGGGGAAGGUCACACAUGCUGAAUGACUGCCCUGUGGAUUUGCACAAUAUAGCAGAAAGGAAAUAUAGCAGAGCACUGUGACUCAAAUCAUAGAACAAAUGAUUUCUUCCGUUUUAAGUGGCAAGAUUGUUAUGUAGGUCUCAUUCAUUUAUUCAACAAAUAUUUACUGAGUGGUUACCUUGCUCAAACCACUAUGGUAAAUGCUCUGAGAUUAGAUUAGAUGUUACCUACCCUCAAAGAACUCACAAUCUAGUGUGGGAGAUGACAUACAUAAACACAAGACAGAUGUGAUCAUGGCUCCCUCAGCAAGUCAACCCCUAAACCUUUUUUUUUUUUAAAUAAGAACUUUGGGUUCAUGCUGUAGGCUCAAAGACGAAAACAAGAACCUAAUGCUAGUGGUUCCUGUAUUUCUCCUCAGCUGCCUCAAAAUGAACACAUCUGGUUUGCUCUGGUGCCUCUGGGAUCCACUGGAAUCAGGCAGGGGGUGGGGGGGAUGGGCAGGCAGCAGAGCACAAUAACAUCUGAGGAUUUACAGCUGUAGUGUCUCUCCUGGUAUCGUGUCACCUUAGAGGAUGACCUCCCCUUCCAUAGUGAGAAAUAUAAAAUAGAUCUGACAGAGACCAGUAGCCUCAUGUGAAGUUGAAUGGUGUAGAGGAAUCAUCUUCCUAGGACCUGAGCCCUUCCAGAGGAGCUGGUAGGUUGAAAAAAGGCAGCAGAAUGUUUUAUCCAUUGGAAUUCAAACUGAUAGCUAUGUUUCUGGGUUGUGUGUGGGGUCUGGAUGACAUGGUUGUUUCUUCCCCCGAACUGCUGGCCCAUGUGGGUGACUCAGCCCUACUGGGCUGUGUUUUACCGAGCGCUGUGAAGAAACAAGUGACUAAAGUGGACUGGAUGUUCUCCUCGCAGGAGCGUGCCGAGGGGGAGUUUGUGCUGUAUUACUUUGCCAACCUCAGUGUGCCUGUGGGGCACUUCAAGGACCGUGUGCACUUGGUGGGGAAAAUCUCAGACAAUGAUGGCUCCAUUUUGCUGCAGAAUGUGAGAGAGGCUGAUCAAGGAGUCUACACCUGUGAGAUCCAGGUCCACAAAGAGAGCGCUGUUUUCAAGAAGACAACCAUGCUGCGAGUAGUCCCAGCUAAGCUCACAACACCGAAGCCCACAGACGCCUUCAGAACUGAUGUGCUGAGUAACUAUCAGCAUGUGAUCAUCGUAGGGAUUGUUUGCUUUACCAUCAUACUGCUUGCCAUUCUGGGAGUGACCAUGAGGAGGAGUCAUCGCCACCACAGAUCAGAAAACCACUUGGAGAAUACCAGUAAGGCUAAGUCAGAGGCACAUGUUUACUCCACAGUAACUACACAGCCUGUGAUUGAGGAAGAGGAAUCAAGCAGAGCCUCCGAGGCCACUUACAUGACGAUGCAACCAGUUUGGCCUUCUUGGAGAGCAGAGCAGAAGAAAUCUUCUGCAAUAAUGCCAGAAACAGAACAAACUCUUGAAAGACCAAGGUUUGCCAAAAGACCCCCAACAAAGGAAGAUCCUGGCUCUCAGUAGCCCUUGAUUUUCCUGAGCCACAACUGCAGUUGAUGUCCUAAAGCUCUCCUGCAGUCUUCUCUGUUUGCUGCUUGGGUUGAGGGGUUGAAAUGAGGAGACCUUGAUUUGUGACGGAAAGAGACUGGAGCGCUUGGGAGAGAUAGUCCUCAGAUUGGUAAUGGGCCAGAGGUUUAAUUCAACAACAGAUGCAGUGGAGCAGACCGCUCUGAAGCAUUUGCUGAGUGUAGAGCCCUCUGGGGAAGAUGUAAACUGUGGUAAGACAUGGCCCUUGCCUGCAUGGAGCUUAUGUUAUGUCUCCCGAGCAAGCGUGUGAUCCUUGUUGGAUGGGUACAUCAAACUGUCAAAACAGACAUUGUUAUUGUAGAGGAAGUUAUUAUGAAGAAGCUUAAAAACAUCAUAAAUCAAUUCAGAAUGUUUUGUUUUAUAAUGACUAAAAAUUAUCUGUAAAUAAAUGUAUUCAGAGGAAAUCAUCUUUCCCUUCACCCCUCCCUUUUCUGCCCUGCCCCCCGCCAAUAGAUAAGCCAAUAGAUACCUAGAAUGCAAUAUCCUGAUCACACUAUAAAAGUAGCACAUGCAGGUGCAUAUAACGCUAUUGGUGCUAUUGAUUCUUUCUCUCUUUAUGUGGUAGGAGAGUAUGGGUUUCAUUCCUAGCCUGUAGAUAAUACUUUCCAGAAUUAAUGAGUAUCUGUCUUUCCUGAGAUUGCAUAUUCAUAGAAUAAUGGCAUUAAGGAUGUAGGAGCAGACGGAUUCACAUAAGUGUAAAUUCCUUAUGUUGUCAUUGAAGGCUCUUUCCAGCAUUUUCUCCUCCAUGUACUCUGUUCUAUCCAAACUGGAUUAAUCUCCAUCCCCUGUAUGUUUUCUAUACUUUCUUGCCUCAGUGACUUUGUUCAAGCUGUGCUCUGACAACGCAUCUAACAUGUGUCUAAGAUGUGUCUAACAUGUACACCUCCCUUCCCAUAACCUUCAGAACUCUUACCUAAAGCCCAACUCAAAUGUGACCCCUUUGAGGAAGUCUUGUCUGAUUUCCUGCAAAUUAGUGAUAUAAUUCCCUGCUUGGACCUCACUUUACUUACAUCUGUCUCAUGUACUUACUGUAUAACAUUCUGUAUUAUAGUUAUUUGUGUGUGUGUCAUAUUCUGCUACUAGACUGUAAGCUCUAAGAUGGAGGAAGCUUUU